GUUAUUAUAUGACUGUAUAUAGCCAUACACGGUAUACAGGUUGUAUAUUCCAUCUUGAUAGUCGGAUAAAGAUAUCAAAGACGAAAGGUUUGCUGAUUUUCUUAUAGUUGAAAACCAGUACAAACUACCUUAACAAAUUAAUUCGUGACUUUCGAGUAUUUGCCCUCACACAAUGAGUGCACUCAGAAAAUCGGCAGCAAAGUAUAUGUAUUUGGCUGAGAGUGGAAUGCGCAGGUCCAGCUCUAGAGUUUCCCCCGAUACGAAGCCGGUGCUUUACUCGUAUUUCUACAGUUCUUGUUCCUGGCGAGUACGAAUUGCAUUGGGAUUGAAAAAGAUACCAUAUGAAAUUAGGCCGACAAGUCUGGUUACGACUGAGGCUAAUAACUCCACAAACUGCUAUACGAAUGAGUAUCGAGAACUCAAUCCUAUGCAACAGGUACCAGCUUUACGAAUUGACGGACAGACACUAUGCGAUUCCGUGGCGAUUAUGCACUACCUGGAUGAAACACGGCCGCUGCAUCCGUUGUUGCCACAGGAUCCUCACAAGCGAGCCAAAGUGCGCGAGAUUGUUGAGAUCAUAUGCUCUGGUAUUCAGCCGCUGCAAAACAGACUAGUAUUAUCACACCUGGGCAAAGAAAAGAGCGGGGAGUGGGCGCAACAUUGGAUAUCACGUGGCUUUCGUGGUCUGGAGCAGGUGCUUUCGCUCUCGUCUGGGAAAUACUGUGUGGGCGAUGAAAUAUCCAUGGCUGAUUGCUGCCUUGUUCCACAAGUUUUUAACGCCAGAAGGUACAAAGUCACCUUGGAUCCUUAUCCCACAAUCUUGCAGCUCGAUCAAAAUUUGGCGACUAAUGAAACUAUUCGCGAAAGCCAUCCACACAAUCAACCAGACUGUCCGCCGAAGUUGGCAAAUAAAUAAUUUACUAUUUUAAUCAACUCUUGGUCCAAAAACUUCUCUGAAUCGCACACGCACCUAUAGUUCUCUUAGCUAUGUAAAUUAUACCUGCAUUUAAACGAAGCGAUUCAACAAAACAAAAAUGUUUUUAAUAUUGUUUUCAAUUUUUUUAUCUUUUAUUGUUGUAAACUAUGAAAUCGACUUUCUGCUUGAAAGUAAACUAAAAUAACAAACUGAUUGACUAAAUGAAACUAAAAUUCCAGGACUACCAGGCUAAAUGGCUACAGGCCGGAGGUUGUGCUUAAUAGCCGACUUUCCCUUUAGAAUACUAAUAAUUCAGCUAAGCGAUUUUAUGAUCCUUAGGAUGUCCACAACCUUUUGUCUGCUACGGUUUUUGAGUUUGCAAAUGUCCUGGUUAUUGGCUGCAUUCUUUUUUUUUUAAAGCCAUCUGUA